UCGAUUCGUAACUGGGCACGCCGACAUGACCUAUGUACUGUAACUGUAGAUUUUCAGAUUUUGCUUCUAAAAUUAGGCUAAUAUAGAUCCAUCAGGAACGACACAAUAAUGUUGUUCUUUGGUGAUGAAGAAGUCAGUGAUGGCAUGUAUUAUAUUGGUUACCCUCUCAUAUUUUUGGGGAUAUACUUACUUAUAUUUAUGAUCGUGAUCAAAUUGCUAUGGGGGACAACUCGUUACUACAGGAGUCAAGCACGCCUGUUCGGGAAGACUGUUAUUAUCACAGGUGGCAAUUCUGGGAUAGGAAAGGAGACAGCACUGGAACUGGCUUGGAGGGGUGCACGUGUGAUACUGGCCUGUCGUAACCUUAACAAGGCCAAACAAGCUGCACAAUACAUCAAAGACAAAACAGGAAAUUACAAUGUGGAUUAUCAAUAUUUGGAUCUGUCAGACCUAAAUUCAGUUAAAAGAUUUGCAGAGCACAUCAAUGGAUCCGAGCCAAGACUAGAUAUCCUUAUCAAUAAUGCUGGUAUUGCAUCUGAGCCAGAAAAUGGCUUGACUCUAACAAGUCAGAGGUUUGACCUCAUUUUCGGAACAAACUACGUUGGUCAUUUUCUUCUUACAUACUUACUAACGGACCUUCUGAAGAUAUCCUCUCCAUCACGUAUUAUAAAUGUCAGCUCCUUUAUGCACAAAAUGCAUUGGACUCCUCUCAACUUUGAUACUGGACCAAAUCGGGAAGGAAUGCGGUACCCUAACCUGUUUGACUAUAGAUGCAGUAAACUGGCCAAUGUUAUGCAUGCACGGGAACUAGCAAAAAAACUGGCUGGUACUGGCGUGACAGCUAACUCUCUUCACCCAGGUGUUAUCAACUCUGAGAUCUGGAUUCCCUUCAAAUCUAAAUGGACCUAUCUGUUGUUUUUUGUUUGGAAAUUUGUAUUACGGCACCUGUGUUUAGACAACAGAGGCGGUGCUCAAACCAGUAUAUUCCUGGCGGUAGACGAAGGUGUCAUGUCAGUUACAGGGAAGUACUUCUCUAGAAGUGUAGUUUCUAAUGAAAACAAGCUGGCAAGAGACGAUGUUGCAUGUGGACGACUUUGGAAUGCAAGUCUAGAUAUGUGUGGAUUAGCACAGUGAAGAGUAUCCUUUUUUUGUGUGUUAAGAUCAAUUAGUAUAUGAUAGUAUGUCCAAAAAUAAACAUCUUUGUCAAGAUAGUCUUGUAUAAUGUAAUGUAAAAUUGAAAAAAAGUCUCUCUUCACUGAAUGUAUAAUUUAUUUGUUUAUUUUUACUGUUUAUAAGAAUUAAAUUAUUAAUUGAACUGCAUGUAAACUUGGCUUGAAGUCAUAUGGCAAGAAAUCAGGAAAGGAGCCAUGAAUAUCUUUUAGGUGAAGAGGUUUCCCUAGGUUUAAGGGUCUCCUUAGGUAAAGCCUCCAGCUGUCAACCCAAACCCUGCCCGUUUUCAUAUUGAAACCCUAUCUGAUAUUAAAUCACUCUCUCAUUCUAGCCCUUAAUGACUCAGGGGCAUAUUUCUUGUUCAAUCAUUUGAUAACAUGUUACUUGUAUUCAGCAUGAGUCUGAUUGUUUGUAUACAGGUUAUGAUACGAUAUACCAGGAAUUUGUUUACAGCACUAUGAUAUAUAUUAAAUGACAUGUAUACUUUCUUUCAUUUUAUGUUAAAAGUUGUUGAAAGUGUCUGGACCCAUAGCUGAACUAGCCCCCUACCCCCCCACCCCCAACCAAUAUUACCACCCCCACCAGCUCCCUACUAAUGCUAAGACCCCUUACAACCCCAAGCCUCCCAUCAAUGCUAACACCUUCACCAUCCCAUGUCUCCUCCCAUCUUUGAUCCACCUGUGUCCGAUUUAGAUCCAUAGGAUCGUUAUAGAGAAGAAACAUCCUGAACAGUCAAUCGAGUCCAGAAAAUACUAUCUUCAACACGACAUAUGUCAGUGCUAGUACGCUUCACAUUGGUCAUUAGUCUGAUGAAGGUGACACUGUAGUCAUCGAAAUGUGACACUCUGAAAGAUAUUAUUUUGGUUGUGUUAUGUAACUUAAUAAUAUUCAAUCAUGUCUGCCUGUGAUGUGCCUGCAAAUCUGUGUAAAUAUCAAAAUUUUAUGAAAAUGAUAGUUCCACAGUUAACAAAGAUGCAUUGAAAUAGGUUUAAUCUAACAUUCGUGGCUAUGUCAUAUGGAACUUAUCAAUUUAAGAUAAGUUCACUAAUUUUAAUUUGAUUUGCCUUUAAGCAAGCAGCAUAUGAAUUUAAUCAUUGAACAAGUACAAUAAAUAGAGACUAAAUCUUCCAACUUUACAACAUCGGAGAACUAGAGGGGACAUUAUCAAUGUUUUUAAAAUAGUUAAAAAACUUUAUGAUUAUAGAGUAACUGAGAACUUUUUCCAAAUGGACAGUUCUUGUAGGACGAGAGGUCAUUCUGAGAAAAUUUUUAAGAAACGUUGUAAUCUAGAAUUAAGAAAGAAUUUCUUCAGUAACAGAAUAAUAGAUGUAUGGAAUAAUUUGCCGCAAAAUAUUAUAGAUGCAGAUACUGUAUACAACUUUGAAGUAAUGCUAGAUAAACACUGGAAAAAUAUUCAUUUUAAAGUUUAACAUUUUAGAUAUAUUGAGGAAACAUAGCAAUUGAUAUACUGGAAAUCAAUCAUUUAUUUAUUUUAUGUACAUAUAUCGUUGAUAUGGAUAUAGAGGCUUCCAGCCUGCAUCCAUUAAUUAUCCUAAUAAAUCCUAAUAAAGUAUACAGUAUGUUUCUCUACAGAGACAAUCAUGUAACAUCAUACUGUAAAGCAUGAAACAUUUGGUGUGUAUAAACUUUCGUUUCCGUGGUUACUAUGGAGCCAUGAAUAUUGUUAUAUGUAUUAAUGCUAUAUUAUUGUUGCAUGGGCUAAAAACCAGGCAUUUGUAUGGACACAAUAAUCUGAAAGCUCCAAACCAAGAAAGAAAGCACACAUGAUCAUCUCACGUUAUACUGUAUGUUAACGAUCGUGACAUCAUGAAAUAUUUAUGAUGUCACAGUAGUGUUAUUACACAUGUCUUACGGUAUUCAUGUUGUAGAACUUGGUAAAACAGGCCAGUUAUGUCAUAAGAUUUAUUUUCAGAUAUAACUUUCAAAUGCAAACAUUGUACUCUUUAAGCUUAUAUUAUAGCAUCUGUAAUUCUCCUGUGUGACUAGGCUGUGUAUUUUCUACAUUUGUACAUUGAUUUUUAAGUCAGAUGUUUGCCAUUAUCAUUUUGUGUUAAAUAUUUAUCUAAAUUAACAAAACUUACACUGCGAAUAUUAUGCAACACUUUGAAACAUACUUUUUCAUACAUAAGAGCAUUCUUUGACUCUAACUUGAAAGCUAUGAAUAAGAACAGUCAAAUAUGUAUAUAUGGCAUAUAUAUGUAUGUACUAUGUAUGUACAAAAUAGAUACAAAAUUAGAGGUAAUAUAUGGAAUGGAAUAAUUACCAAGAAGGGAA